AUGAGCUACCUGCCCAAGGAAAACGAGCACAGCAGCAACACACUCGAGGAAGAGGUACGGACACUCUUUGUCAGUGGACUUCCUGUGGAUAUCAAGCCAAGAGAGCUCUACCUGCUUUUCCGGCCAUUCACGGGUUAUGAAGGAUCACUUAUCAAACUAACAUCCAAACAACCAGUAGGCUUUGUUACCUUUGACAGCCAGGCUGGUGCUGAAGGUGCCAAGAAUGCCUUGAAUGGCAUCUGCUUUGACCAGGAGAACCUCCAGACCUUGAGGUUAGAGUUUGCAAAAGCCAACACCAAGAUGGCCAAGAGCAAGCUAAUGGACACACCGAAUCCCACCAACCUGCACCCUGCCCUGGGAACACACUUCAUUGCAUGGGGCCCUUAUGACCUGACCAGUGCUGCCCUGAGCCCAGCAUCUCCAGAGGUCUGGGCUCCCUACCCACUCCACACCACAGAGUUAACCCCUGCCAUCCCACAUGCUGCUUUCAUGUACCCAGCUGCUGCCACCACUGCUGCCGGCCUGUACGCUCAGAGCUGCCACUUGGCCCAUGUCCUUCCCCUCUCCCUUGUCUCUCUAUGGAGUGAUGUGCCAGAGAUGAAGCAGUUGUGGAUUGCUGGAAAUCCUCCCACUGUCCCAACCUUUUCCUGUGGCCACCAGACAAGAUGCCUAACUCCAGUAACUAUUUUUUUUUAA